ACCACAACCAACAUCAACUCAUCGAUUCUUCGCACACCACAUUCUCCACCGUUCGAUCUUCCCAGGCCUCUUCAUUUUCAAGUCGCCUGUAGAUUUACCCGUCAUUAGUGCGUUCCGGUUGCCCCUCGCCACUGCAUUGAGGCCGUCCAUCCGUUCCCAGCCGUACCUAGAGUUCCGUAAUCAAGAUGGCAAAAGAGGAUGAGAGGAAGCCCACGGCUGCGGAGAAGGGCAAGGGCAAGGCGGUCGACGGCGAGGCGGAGAAGGAGGUAAAGAAGGAUAAGGACGGGAAACCUGUGCAGGACGACAAGAAGGGUGCGCCUGCCGCUGAGGAGCUCAGUGAGGAGGAUCAGGAGCUAAAAAGCGAGCUGGAGCAGCUCGUUGAGCGGAUACUGGCGUCCGAUGCCCAGCAGUACAAACCCGCCCUCGAGCAGAUCAAAACGUCCAUCAAGACGUCGACGAGUUCGAUGACGGCGGUACCCAAGCCACUGAAGUUUCUAAGACCGCACUAUGAAGACUUGGUGAAGGCGUAUGAUUCCUGGCCUGCUGGCGAGGAUAAGAAAUCAUUUGCCGAUAUGCUCUCCGUUCUGGGCAUGACAUACUCCGACGAGGACCGCUUAGAUUGCCUGAAGUACCGUCUUCAGGCACCCACAACAGAUAUAUGGUCCUGGGGUCAUGAGUACAUGCGCCACCUUGCUCUAGAGAUCGGCAGAGAAUAUCAGAAUCGUGUUAACGAGGACGAGUCAACCGACGACAUCACGGAGCUCGCCCUGUCCCUGGUUCCCUUUUUCCUGCAGCACAACGCCGAGGCCGAUGCGGUGGAUAUCCUCUCUGAGCUGGAGAUGAUUGAUCAGAUAGAGAAGCAUCUCGACGACAAGACGUACGAGAAGGUGUGCUUGUAUAUGGUCAGCACCGUGCCGCUGUUGACAUACCCCGACAACGACAAGUUCCUCCGCACCGCAUACCAAAUAUACAGGAAACACAAUCAGUACACACAGGCCAUCGUCCUCGCCAUACGCUUGAAUGAUCGGUCGCUGAUCGAGGAAACGUUUAACUCAACCGACGAUAAGGCGAUACGACGGCAAAUGGCCUUCCUCAUCGGAAGGCAACGGAUAUGGUUCGAGGUCGACGAUGAAGACCCUGAACUCCAAGAGUGUUUGAACAACACCAAGCUAACGGACCACUUCAAGGCUCUUGGGAAAGAGCUCAAUAUCCUGGAUCCCAAGCACCCGGAUGACAUCUACAAGACCCAUUUGGAAAGUAGCAGGACGGCCGGUCUCACCAACACAGAUUCCGCAAGACACAACCUUGCCUCGUCUUUUGUCAACGCUUUCGUCAACGCUGGAUUUGGGAGCGACAAGUUGAUGCUGACGGCGGAUACGAAGAACAGCUGGGUGUGGAAGACGAAAGAUGAGGGUAUGCUGUCGACGGCCGCGUCCCUGGGAAUGUUGCUGCUUUGGGACGUUGAAAUGGGUCUCGACAAGAUUGAUCCAUACAAUAAUGUCGAGGACUCGAUGAUCCGGGCUGGCGCUGAGCUUGCCACCGGUAUCCUUAACUCCGGAGUGCGCAUGGAGUCUGACCCGGUGCUGGCUCUGCUUGGCGACGAGGACCAGCUUCAUAGCAAGAACAUCCAUGUCCGCAUUGGUGCUAUCAUGGGACUUGGUAUUGCAUAUGCUGGAUCGAAUAAGGAGGAGCUUUUGGAGCUCCUUCUCCCUAUCGUCAGUGACACAAACCUGGAUAUGCAGAUUUCCGCGAUGGCUGCACUCGCCCUUGGUAUGGUGUUUGUAGGGUCCGCCAACGGCGAAGUUACCGACGCCCUGAUGAACACUCUGCUCGAUGAGGACCGGACGAAACAGCUCACAAGCAAGUGGACACGCUUUAUGGCACUUGGUCUUGCCCUCCUCUUCUUUGGCCAGCAGGAGGAGGUUGAGGUUAUUCUUGAGACACUAAAAGCCCUUGACCACCCCAUGUCCAAGCCCACAGCGGUCCUUGCGGAAGUCUGCGCAUGGGCUGGGACUGGCGCGGUGCUCAAAAUCCAGCAGCUGCUUCACAUCUGCAACGAGCACAUUGAAGAGGACAGUGACGAGAAGAAGGGUGAUGAGCUGCUUCAGUCAUAUGCCGUUAUUGGCCUAUCAUUGGUUGCUAUGGGUGAGGACAUUGGUCAGGAUAUGAUCCUGAGAACCUUCGGUCAUCUCAUGCACUACGGCGAGGCAAAUAUCCGGAAAGCCGUCCCACUGGCAAUGGGCCUCAUCAGCCCAAGCAAUCCUCAGAUGAAACUCUACGACACCCUGUCCCGGUACUCCCACGACAACGAUAACGACGUCGCUGUCAACUCGAUCUUCGCCAUGGGUCUGCUUGGAGCUGGAACGAACAACGCCCGCCUUGCACAGCUGCUAAGGCAACUAGCAAGCUACUACCACCGCGAUCCGAAUUCCCUCUUCAUGGUCCGCAUUGCACAAGGUCUUCUUCACAUGGGCAAAGGCACCCUGUCAGCCAACCCCUUCCACACUGACAGACAAGUGCUAUCCCGCGUCGCCGCCGCUGGCCUUCUCACAGUGCUUGUCUCGCUCAUCGACGCUAAGUCAUUCAUCUUGGGCGACUCGCACUACCUCCUGUACUUCAUGGCCACAGCCAUCUACCCACGGUUCCUCAUCACGCUGGACGAGGAUCUCCAGCCGCUCACGGUUAAUGUCCGUGUUGGUCAAGCAGUGGAUGUCGUUGGUCAGGCAGGCCGGCCGAAGAAAAUCACGGGUUGGCAGACACAGAGCACACCUGUGCUGCUGUCACAUGGUGAGCGGGCGGAGUUGGAAGACGAGAAGUAUAUCAGUUUGAGCAGUGUGCUUGAGGGAGUGGUCAUACUCAGAAAGAACCCUGAAUGGGUUGACUGAAGUAGCGGCGAGGAGCUAGGCGAGUGAGUCGUUUUAGGUUGGACGGCUGCAGAGUUAUGCUUCUACGUUAUGGCAUUCUAAUAUAGACGCGACGUCCCAAGCAGGCUACACAGAGUAGCGUCGGGCGCUCGCUUGUACAAAAUAGGUGCAUAUUAGUGGAUGCAAUGAAUGAAGUUUAGGUGUAUUGCAGUAGCCAUAGUCUGUCAGCUGUUCCGCAUUGACAGACCGGAUAGAGUCAAUUCCAAUAAGCCCUCAUACGCGUUGGCAUGUGGC